AAACUUUCCUUUCGUCCCUCCCUGAGUUUUGCUACCCAGUCCUCUCUCUCCGUCUCUCUCUCUCAAAGGGGAAGUGAGAGAUUUGGUAGCUGCAGCCUGCAGGCAGCAACAGAGAUUCAAGCUGCUAUGAAUUAGAAUUUAGAGUCAAUUCUCCAGAUCUCGUAUUCUUCAAGACAUACCCCCAAAGUCCUCUCACCCGAUCCAAAGCCAAACCCUAGAACGGAACAGAAUCUAAGCUUACAUUCGCAUGAACAGAUUAACCACCCAUUCGAUCCCAAUCAGUCUUUGAGUUUUAAGUUCUUCACCUUCACCAUGUCGUGCUUAGCCCUCUCUCUCCAACCUGCCAACGGAUCCGACAUCCUGCUCCAGACCCGCGAGUGGUUCCCACCCGCUCGAGCCCUCGUCGCUCUCUCCGCCUUCCGCCAAACCCGCCUCGCCUUCGCCGCCUCCAAACACAACAAUCCCUCGGUCUCUUCUUCCUCCGAUGCUGACGCCGACUCCAUCGCAGCCUCUCUCGGCGACGACCCCCUCGCCGCCUCCAGUGGCCAGGUCAUCGUCGGCGUCGAGAGCCGCUACCGCGUGGUGUAUCGCCUCGUGAAUUCCAUCUACGUCCUUGGUAUUACUACGGCCGAAGACAAUUCCGCUGUCAACGUCUUCGAGUGCAUCCACAUCGUCAACCAGGCCGUCUUCGUCGUCGUCACGGCCUGCCGAGGCGUCGACGUCACACCCGAGAAGCUCGGGCGCAAGUACGCCGAGAUCUACAUGGCGCUCGACAUCGUCCUUCGCGGCGUCAGCAGCAUCCGUCUCGCCGCCAUGCUCGGUUCUAUGCAUGGUGACGGCAUUGCCAAGAUGGUGCACUCCGCGCUCGACACCGAGAGCAAGAUCCGCGGCGCCGAGAAUUGGACCAAUUUGGAAGCGAAUUCCGUCGAGCACGAAGCAGGCAUCGACACGUUUUCAAACGCACGUUUCGAGAUGCCCCCCGAGACUCUCGCGGCCGGGGACGAGGUUGCAGCGACCCUCGCCCCCGUGGCGCCACCUGUGGGCGAGCAACAGCCGGAGCAGCAGGAGGAAACGCAAGCGGAGAAAGACCCGUUCGCGGCGAGCGAUACUAUUAACCAGCCGCAAGAGCUUGUGGGUGGGUUUAAGAAAAACAAGGACCCGUCCUCCUCAACGGAUUUGACAUUGGCAUUGGCGGGGCUCGAGGUUACGCCGUUGCCUCCCGCGGAGGCGACCCAAUCGACGUAUAUUGGAGUCGAGGGAUUCGAAGGAGAUUACGGUGGAGUAGCGUAUGGAAAUGAGAAAGCGGCAUCUUUGGAUGAUUCAUUUCAAGGGCUUAACGAUGCCCCUUUCGGUGGAGGAUUGGAUGCUUCUGAGUUUUUGGGUCCCACAAAAGUAUCGAAACCUCAAGGUCUUGGUGGGCUUGAGUUGUUACAGACUGGGCAGAGUGAUGCACCGGCUGUAGCUUCUGCUGCCGGCAUGGGAGCAAAUACUCCACUUGAUGAUCUGGUGAAGAAAACCGAACAGAAGGGUCCGGAGAUGUUUAUUCUGGAAGAGAUUAGUGUGGAGUUCAGAGAAUCUCUGCUUGCUAGAGUUGGAUUGAUGGGCGUGGUUUAUCUGAAAACAUUGCCAACUAAAGUGUCGGGUGAUAAAGAAACCGAGUUUUCAUUCCAGGUGGAGGGUACGAGUGCGGUUAAGAGAUUUGUUAUGCAGAGUUCUCGUGUUAGUAGUCUCGGCAAUGGAAUGUUUCAUGUGAGAACCGCAUCCGGUGACGAGCCUAUACCGAUUCUCAAAUAUAGCUUGUUGCCUAGGUUGACGCCGUUGCCUCUGAGGAUUCGUCUAAUAAAGCGUCAUACUGGAACAUUACUUUCUGUGAUGAUUCAGUAUGUAUCAAACCCUGAUUUACCAGCACCAUUGAAUGAUGUAACCUUUGUAUUGAAACUACCGGUCGACCCCACCUUGUUGAAGGUGUCUCCAAAAGCUAUGUUGAAUAGGUCUGAAAGAGAAUUGAAAUGGCAUGUCCCAGAGAUUCCAGUUAAGGGUUCUCCUGGUCGGUUGAGGGUGAGGAUGCCUGUGGACUCGAUUGACGAGGAUGAAGAGAUGGAGAUUGUUGGCUACGUGAAAUUUUCUGCCCAAGGACCUAGAUCAUUGUCUGGGAUUAGCCUACGGCCAGCUUCUGAGGGUAAGAUCGAGUUUUAUGAGGUUAGUCACAGGUUUGAGAGUGGGGUUUAUAUGUGCAAUUGAGCAACUGAAGAAAUGGUUAAUUGUUUACUGAUUGUUAUGCUUCUCCUUCCUUUCUUUAUUUCUUAUGUUCAAGAGCAUGUAUGGUUUGGAUGGAUGUGUGUGGCCUACUUUGAUAUCAGCCAUGUAACUUAGAUUCAUGAGUUCUGUGAUAUUUUGUCUUCAUGUUACUACCGAAUGAUCUUUUGUAAGGGAUAUAUACUUUGUUCGUUUU